UCAUCACACACCUUACCCAAAGGAAAAACCAAAAGAAAUGUUGGCUCCCGAUUUUGAAUCUUGCGGUGACGGUUGUGGCGGUGGAGGUGGAGGUGGAGGUGGAGGCCUUUCUCCGUCGCUUUCAGCAACUUUCAUGCCAAAACCUACUCAACCGGAGGAAGAAGAACCUUUGCAAUCAAUUUCUGUCAAAGAGGAGGAAAUGCCAGUGGCUGGCAGUGGAGGAAGCGAUGGUGGGCCCUCUUCUUCAGCUUCUUCAUCCUUAAUGACAACUGAAAUUGAAAGGAAGGCGGAGACUAUCAAAGUAGUUACUAUUAAGGAAGAAGCAGGGGAAGAGUAUGAUGCAGGGGCUAUUGGUGACGUUGAUAAUGGUGUUAAUAACAAUGGAUCGUCGUCUUCUUCUUCUUCAGUUGAUUUGCCUAAACCGAUGGAGGGUUUACAUGAGACAGGUCCCCCACCGUUUUUAAGAAAGACUUUCGAGAUGGUGGAGGAUCCUGAGACGGAUUCUACUGUUUCUUGGAGCAAAAAUCGAGAUAGUUUUAUUGUUUGGGAUGCGCAUGAGCUUUCCAAACAUCUGCUUCCCAAAUACUUCAAGCACUGUAAUUUCUCUAGUUUCAUUCGCCAACUCAACACCUAUGGCUUCAGAAAGGUUGAUCCUGAUAGAUGGGAGUUCGCAAAUGAAGGGUUUCAAGGAGGUAAGAAGCAUUUGCUCAAGAACAUCAGGAGAAGAAGUAGGUACAACAAGCAACAACAAGGAGCAGUAACAAGCGAUGAUUCAGCAAAACUCAGUUUAGAAGUCCAACUUGAGAAGUUGAAGAAUGAUCAAGAUUUAUUGAAGGUUGAAAUCUUCAAACUCAGACAGCAACAGGAGAAUUCGGAGAAUCAACUUAGCACUGUUGAACAACGCGUUCGAGUUGCAGAGUGCAAGCAAUUGCAGAUGUUUGUUUUCCUUGCCAAAGCAGCCAAGAAGGGUAGUUUUAUUCAGAAUCUAAUCCAAAAGAGAAAGCGACAAAGAGAACUGGAUGCGGCUGAAUUCGGCAAAAAGAGAAGACUGCUUGAUAGCCAAGUCCGUGCAAGGUUGCUUGAUGCUGUGGAUGCCAACCAAAGUGUAAUUUGUAGAAACCAAGCUCAGGAACAAUUGGCUACAAUGCAAACUGAACUUACUGAGAUAUUAAAAGAGGAUACAGAGACCAAUACAAUGUCAAAACUGUUUGAAACUCCAAUAAGUGAUGAGUUUUGCAGUCCGGCUAUCGCGACGUGUGGUACCAAUACUCAGGAAUCUGUUUAUCAUCUAAUGUCAGAGAUAUUGCUAGAUGAUGAUACGGUUCCUGAGGUUUUAGUUGAUGAAGACUUAGAUGUGAAUGACUCUAAGUUUUACCUUGAAUUGGAGGAUUUGACAGGAAAGCCAAGAAGUUGGGAUGGAUAUGUAACUGAGUUGGUACAGCAAGCGGGUUGUAUUUAGUUCUUGAUUGCACUGGAUGUGAAUUGUCAGGCAGGUGGCCCUUCCAUUUGAGCUGCUCCUAGCCCGCAUUGGAAAUGCUAGUGUUUGACAAUGGUCAUACAUGUUCAUAUUUCCUGAGUCGUUUUUUUCUUUUUCUUUUUCUUUUUAUUCUGUCACCAAUGAUGAAUCAUCUAGACUGUAAAUAUUCCCACACGCAGUAAAUACCAUAGUUUUAUCA